GAGACAGCACAUCACAACCCCUCAAGGCACCUAGCCUAGCGCUGCUCCUCCUCCCAGGAUAUCCUCGCUCCUCUCCCAGUUACUGGAGACGGACAACUACCAGUGAUAAUCUCAACAAUAUUCACACGUGUACCACCAUUACGGACUCGGUGCGUCGUUCAGUGCAGUGCUGUGGAGUGCAUUGGAUUAUAGUUUAGUGAGUGUCGAGUGCUGGAGUGAAACAUGAAGACAGAUGAGAGGAACAGCAACAACAGCCCGUUGCGCCUGGCUGUGUUGGGUAGCAGUGAGGUGGGCAAGUCUGCCCUCACCGUCCGCUACCUCACAAAGCGCUUCAUCGGGGAGUACAGAUCUGACACAGAUAUGUUGUACAAGUGUGUGCUGCAGGUGGACGGGGCGCCGCAGCCCGUGGAGAUCAUGGACACCUGGGCCAGCUGCGAGGACUCCUCCGACGCUCACCUCCAGUGGGCCGAAGCCUUCGUCGUCGUCUACGCUAUCACAGAUAAACACUCCUACAGAUGGGCCGCCAACACUCUCCAGGAGUUGUCGGAGCGGCGGCCAUCAGCGAGCGUGUUGAUGAUGGGCAACAAGAGCGACCUGGGACACCUCCGGGAGGUAGAGGAGGUGGAGGCCAGGAGCUUGGCCCUCACCCACUCCGCCCGCUUCUCAGAGGUCUCCACGGCCGAGAGCUGUGUGCCCGUCGCAGACGCCCUCGACAGUUUUCUCAAGGAAGUGAAGGCGCAACGCGGCAGCAACAGUGGAAACCUGCUAGGCAACGGGUCCCCCAAGCAACGGAAGCUUUCAGUCACCCGCAUGCUGGGAUCUCUGAUCGGCCGCCACUCUCCUCCCCCGCAGCCCAUCACUGAACUCAUCGUUUUAGACAAAGGAGAACGCAACAAGUUGGUCAGAUGUAGUCGACAAAUCUAACCAUGAUUCGGACGGCAUGCAGUUCACUUGAGUAUGAUCUGCACCAAGAACAUGACCCAAAGAUUACUAGUGAAGUCCUCACAAGUCCCCUGACGUGGAGUCUAAGGCUGAGGAUUCUAAAUAGUCAAAUAUUUAUUACUGAGUGUUGCGUACUGUGCUUCCAUUGUGAUAUUUCAUUAUUUACGAAGCCACGUAACCUCGCAAAGGUCGGUGUUGGCAGUGGAAUUUUCAAUGGCUGGAAAUUGCUGAAGCUGUGUGAAAUGCAUCUGUUGUGUAGAUUCUGCAAAUGUUCAAGAUAUGAAUGAAGUGCUUACUACCAAGUGCUGAUGGUCUUGGAUACGCAGGUGUUUGUGAGCGCUGGAAGGCACAAGUGCUGGAGGCAUCUCUGUAUAGCUGUUGGAUGGCGAAAAUGAAGUGAAUAUGAGAAGUGUCAUACACCAUGUGACGUCAGCAGUGACAAGAACGUGUAUGUGAUAAUCGUGAUUUCCAAAGCUUGGCUUGUGUUGGAGUUGAGACAACCUGCUAAUGUUCUCCCAGUACUUGAACCUUCUUGAUAUGCAUUUAAUCUAAAGUCGCUAUCAUCUUCAGGAAGCGUCUGUGUAAUGUGAUAACAACCACAAUAAUAUACAUGGAACAUCCAUGUAAUCUGUUAUCACUAUACUCCAUAAUACGCGAAAUCCAAGUCUUCGUAACGUAAAACAACUGGGCUUCCAAGACUGUUGGAGACUCCUGCCUUGUCAAAAGCUACGUUGAUGCCAUGUUCUUCAAGACUGUUGGCGAUAUAUUUAUCAUCAAGUCUGAAACACCUGAUGAUAAGAGACAGUCACUCCUUCAAGAGAGAUACGCGACCUGGUCCUCCAAGAUACACGAAGACUUGUUUCUUUUUGACCGAAGAAUAGUUAAUUUUGAUGUUCAAGACUGACCAAUGAACUUGGAUCCUCGAGACUCGUGGUAAAUCACGUGUCCUUGAGGCGAAGAUAUGUUGCACCUACAAGUACUGAUGGAUGAGCAUGAGUAGUGAGUACUGCUUGUGGCGUAGUAGAUGCUCGCGAACACCAAGAUGAUGCGCAGGAACCUGAAUGUUCUCCGAUCUUCUGUUGUCGUCUCCUGUUCAAUAUUGUUGUUCUCAAUCUGUGAUACUAGAGUUAGUGAGCUUAUAACAUAUGUAUUUUUAUAAUUUAUUUGGUUCAGUACAAAAUGAAAACUUA